UUUUAUAAAAAAUAAUAAUUAAUAAAAUAAAUAAAUAAAUAGGAAGCAGUGAUUGAAUAUUAAUAUGAUGCGUGCAUAUAUAGCAAUUAGCAAGUUGCAUGCGUGGAGUGCCGAAAAUCCCAAUUCACACACUGUCCCACUCCCACACAGACGGUACGGACGGGGUGAGGUUUUGAUUUGGAUCAUCAGACGACUCGCUGCUGAGUGAGUAGUCAGAAGAAAAGGAUGAGCAGCUUGGCUCUGCUCAAGCGCUUCAUCCCAACCUCAUUAUCAUCGUCUUCCAUCUACCCAAUUUCCAUCUCCUACAUCUCCGCGCGUAAUUCAGCUUCGGCCUCACUUGCUGAAGAUGAAGCUACAGUUGUGUGUCCUAUUCCUAGGGAAAGCCCUGGAUUUUCUGACGGUCUUCAUUGGGCUUUGGCUGGAAAGGGUGUAAUAGUGAAAGACAAAGUCUUUCGGAACUUGCACUCUUCUGAGCUUCAGCAACAUGGCGCAAUCAUUUCAGAGUCUUUGUCAGGACUUCCAGUCCGUGUUAGAGGACAUGUCUUUGGAGAGGCUUCGGAAAUAUCGAGGGCGCAAUAUAGUAAACUCCUAAAGCAGGUCACAAAUCACAUAUCAUCCAUCUCAAAAAUUUUUGUUCAUGAUGGGGCAAUUGGUUUAUCACCAAAAUAUGAUGCUAAAGUUCGUAUUAUAAGUGAUAGUCCUUCUGCUGUGUUAUCACUCUCCAAUAUUCUCUGGAAGACUCCGAGUCGAGCAGUUUCACAUGACUCUUGUCCUUUGACACUUUACGUGGCUACUUCUAUAAGUGUUGUGUUAUACCAUGCAGUCCAGAUGUUGAGGAGAGUAUCAGUCUUGGAUCUCAAGGAAGUAAUGGAUUUAUCGUUGCCGAUUUUGAGAGUUCAUCACUUGUUUUAUGUGGUAAAGCUUUUGCGGAUGCAAAUGGAACUAAAGAAACUCUUUCUGCCUUGUCUGCACCUAUCAUUUCUGCACGGGGAGGACUUCCUCUAUCUGCAAGAUACCGUUAGGAGUUGUGCGGAUCUGUUACUAUCUGCAGAUGCUGGUGUAAUUCUUUCAUCUGAUGGGGUUGCUACAUUGUUUCCAAAUGGAAGUCCUGGUGACUCAAAUCUGUUCAAAUUGCCAGCUGCUGUUAUCAUCACAUCUUCUGAUAGUUCCGGUGUAAUCCCUUUGGUAUCAAAGCUCUCCCCUGCCCAGGCAGCUUAUCACUUCCUUGCUGGUUAUCAGAAGGGGAAGUUCAUGCCUGCAUACAGCAAAGGACCUUCGUCCUUUGAUGCCUUGGAACUAGCCAAGGCUUUUCUCUCCAAGCUGAAAGAGAAUGAAAUCUCCUCCUUCCUAGUUAAUGUUAGUGGAGCAGAAAAGAGGCUAACUGGUAAAGAUUUCAUCAAGUUGGUAGAAUCAGCUCUGUCCGAGGACAUCCCACCAUUUCAAGCUAAAGGUAGUGAUCUUCAAAAGAAGUACAAGAACUUUUUAUCAGGAAAAUUCCAAGAACUGCCAGAGGAAUUCUCAUUCUGAGACUGUUGAAUUACAUGCCCCUGCAAUGCUUGGUGCCUUUUACGUUUGCUUACUCCUCUCCUGUUGGCCAUUAACAAAGCCAUGAAAGGAGAAUGUCAAUGGCAUAAUUGGCAACAGUGUAUUGUAGGUAUGGAUCAUGUUUUUCAUUCUUGCUGCUGCAAGGCUUCAUUUCUCCUGUGCUUUAUCAUCAGCAUGGCAUGAGCACUUGACUACAUGGUAUAUGCAAGAAUCUGCAUUUCAAAUAGUUGCCUUUACCCUUUGCUGUUGGAUUACUAGUGAAGAAGGAUCAUGGCACUUGACAAUACGGGACAUAGAAAAAAGAAGGUGAAAAGGAGGUAAGCCUGAGAGGAGCAUAAAAAUAAACAGCAAAAUUUGAUAAUACAUAAAAGGUUAAUGAGAUGAAAUUGGCAGAAGAAGAGAAGAAACAAACUGAGAGAGACAAUAUGGAUAGUUUUUAACCUAGUACCGAAAUGCGCCGUGCUAGUGCCAGACAUAUGGCAUUGUUUUUGUUAUUUUUAAAAACCUUGUGAUUUUAGUAAUAAGGUGGUUUUUUUCUGCAUGCAAACAACACCACAGCCCCACCAUCAUUAUAAAAACCAGAGAGAGUUUUGUGCAUUUUUUUGGAGCAAAAUCAGUAGAGAAAGGUGGCAGAGGGAAAGUCAGCAGAAUGAUAAGUUAAUAGAGUAGAGAAGGGGACAACAACCAACCAAACAUAAUCUAAUCAUGUGGAACCCCCAUCUUAUAAUACAUAAUAAUGGAAGUAGGCCAUGUUUCUGUCGGAGUUCCUGUUUAGGUUGUGUUGGUUUUAGAGCUUGUCAAAACCAAUAAUAAAGAGGGCAAGCUGCUUCUCUACUCUCUUUGAGUCUCCACUUGAAAGAAUGACGAUGUUCUGGGGCCCUCUUCAACUCCUUUUAUUGUUUCUGUGCAAAUAAUUUUGAGUGUUCUUCAAUAACUCUUAUUGAUCUUUACUGAUUACUUAGAUUGGUACAUACGCAAUUUAGACUGCACUAGCUGUUGUCAUUGUU